UAUCCAAAACUUUCACGGUUGUGCCAAUAAUAUCCAAAUUUCCCGAAAUAUCACGUAUAUCCAAUUCCUUCACAUUCUUUAAUGGUGUUUUUGGAUAUACAAGUGUAUUUAACCAAAAAUAUAUUGGGAAAUGGAUAGAUUUGGCAAAAAACAACUUUAAAACAUGGAUAUAAGUGGUAUUUCGGGAAAUUUGGAUAUUAUUGGCACAACCGUGAAAGUUUUGGGUAUACAAGUGUAUUAAACCAAAUUAUAUUGAUACAAUUUUAUAUAAAAUUUUGUUGACCUAUUUUGUAAUAUUUGUAUCGACUCGGUUUGUAAUGUUUAUCAUAUUUUUAGUGACAUUUUGUACGAUUAGUAUGUUUUGUACUGUUUGUCAGUUUAUUUUGUAAUGUUUGUAAGCUUUAUUAUUUUGUAAUGUUUGUCGGUUUAUUUUGUAAUGCUUGUAAGCUUUGUUAUUUUGUGCACCAUUUUUAUCAUUUUUGUCAACCAUGUUUGUAAUAUUUUUUAUGCCUAAAAAACAACCUUGUUGACUUUUGGAUGAAACUCCUCCAUAUAGAGAUUAAGCAUCCAAAGUCAACCCGGGUGUUUUUCCAGUUUGUAUGUUUUGUCGGUCUAGUUUGUCAUUUUUGUCCACCAUGUUCGUAAUGUUUGUAUGUCUAAAAAACAACCGGGUUGACUUUGGAAGGGAGCCUCAAAAGUCAACCCGGUUGUUUUUUUCUUUUUGUGUGAUUUGUAUUGUUUGUCGGUGUAGUUUGUAUUGUUUGUACAGUUCAUACGUUUGUAAUGUUUGUAGAUCUGUUUGUAUGUUUUGUCAAUCUAGUUUGUACUGUUUGUAUGUUUAUAUUGUUUGUAAGUCCGGUUUGUAUACUUCGUAAUUUUUCAUAAUACCUAAAUUACCCCUCCCACUAAUUAAAAAUCUCUUCCCAUUUUUUAACCGUUAGAUUGAAGUGUCCAUAUGUAUUAAGUAUUAACUAGGAGGGGCUUAGUCAAAUGACUAAGCACCCCUUAGUUAUGGGAUCCGCUAUCAUAUUACCAUGGUUGUCAUGCCGGCCGGCGUGCCACCGGUUGUACCAGGUUCAACCGAUACCGGUCAUAAAACCGGCGUGACACCAUCGGUAUGACCGGCAUGAUCGAUAUACGAAUCUCUAAAUAAAAUGACCUUAUUUUAGCGAAUUUAAUCGAUAAAAAUUAUUUCAUUAUUUAUUUUAUGAGUAUAAAAGUUAAAUAGUGAUGUUAUUUGUUGGAUUCAAGUAUAAAUAUUUAGGUAUUGACGCUAAAUGUCAUGUUUAAAUAUGAGGAUUUAUAAUUUUAUUUGUAAUAUUGAUCGGCAUGAACCAGCACAAACCGAUAUGUGCCACCGGUCUAACCAUUCCACUUGCUAAACCAGCACACUGACAUAAACCGGUUUGACAACCUUGCAUAUUACACUAUCUAGCCUUCUAGGGAACAGGGCUUAGGCCGAAUCGGCAAUUACAGAGAGCCCAAAAAGAGCCCGUUUCGUAGUCAUCCUCCUCGUCCAGCGGCACUUCCCUUCCCUUCUCCUCCAUUUCCCCUCCCAUUUCAAGAACGCAUAGGCGCAUAGCGUUGCCGAAUGCCGACUGAAACCGUUGUUGGUUUUACGUGUCCCCCAUUCAUGAAGAAGCAACCAUCUGCAGUCAGUCCGUCCUCGCCACCUUCUGUAUUCUCGGUCUGAGCAUUCCGAUGGGUGUUUGUAGUCAAAUUAGCAGAAUGUCAAAUCGGCUUAGGGUUAUACCGUUGAGCUCUCCGGCCGCCCUAAGUUCAUUCCUUGGAAUCAGAAGUUUCACUUCUCAGAUUUCACCUCGAGAAGGGGACGAUGAUGAUGAGCCGUCCUUCCCAUUCUCUUAUCUAAUGACCUCGCAUGGAUUCUCGGCAGACAGGGCCAAGUCCACAUCUAGGUUCUUGAAUUUUCGGACGGCCGAGAAACCAGAUGCCGUUGUUAAUCUGCUCAGCAGCCAUGGAUUCUCCGGUACCCAGAUCGCCAAAUGCGUCAAGCAAUACCCUCGUCUGCUGGUGCUGGAUCCCGAGAGAAUCCUUCGUCCCAAGCUCGAGUUCCUUCUCUCCGUUGGGAUUUCUCGCCCUGAGCUGACAGAGGUCGUCGCCUCGAAUCCCUAUUUGUUGAUUAUGAGCUUAGAGAAACGCCUGAUUCCUCGCUAUAAUCUGCUCAAGGAUGUCAUGGGUGAUGACAAUAGAGUUGUGAGCGUACUGAAGCGCUCUCACAGGUGCUUCGUUGGCAGUAAAGAUUCCAAUAUAGUUCCCAACAUUGCCCUUCUCAGGAAGCUUGGAGUUGGUGAGAAUUACAUCACUUACUUGCUCACUACCUUCCCUAAUGUUGCUUUCAAGGUUCACUCUGAUUUUGCUGAAAGGGUCGACCUUGCUAAGCAGUUUGGAUUUGAUCCCUCGAGGUCGAACUUUGUGGGCGCGAUUAGAGUGUUUUCAUGUGUGAAGAAAUCGACCUUGGAGAAGAGAUUGGAAGUGUAUGGGAGGUGGGGGUGGUCGAAGGAUUUGACUUUCUUGGCUUUCAAGAGAUAUCCACAAUGCAUGUGUGCUUCGGAGGAGAAGAUCAUGCAGACAAUGGACUUCCUUGUGAACAAACUCGGCUGGGAAUCAGAGGCUGCUGCUAGGUGGCCUAUCAUCUUCGGUUUGAGCUUCGAGAAGAGGCUUGUUCCUAGGUGUUCAGUUGUGCAACUCUUGCGGUUGAGAGGGUUGAUAGCUGAUAUUCCUGGGUUGGGUUUUUUCUUGUCUCCUGCAGAGGAUCGAUUUAAGGAUAAGUUUGUGGUCGCAUAUCCAGAUGUUAAGGAUGAAUUGUUGGAUAUGUAUGAAGGACGGGUGAAUGUUGUUGAUUUUCGAACUAUGGCUGUUGAUGAUGUCAAAGCAUGAUCCUAGCUUUGUCCUUCUUAACCAUGUUCUUGGUGUCGAGGAUGCUUGAGAACAACAUAUUGUUUCUUAGUUUAUGUGCAAGCUAUGAAACAUUAUCUCAGUCUUUAUUAGGUUGACAUUCAUCGAGGGUUCCACCUCACAUUGUGCCACCACCAUUGGAAUGGAGCAGGGAGGAAGGACUAGGUGAAGCGACAGACUUGGCUGAAACUUUCCGGGUGACCUCCCAGAAUUGGUUCUUUGGUGGAGCGGUGUUGUUGGAUGCAGGUAAACGAUUUGUUAGAUGGAAUUGGGGCGAGCUAUGCUGAAGACGAGUCCUGUGCAAGUGUUUGUUCUGCAAUGGUUGAUCGGUCUAGGAAGAUCAAUUAAUCUGCUGCAGCAGCAGCACCUAGUGGUGGAUCACAAUCGUGGCCAAGGGUCCGAACCACAGAGACCAACCCCAAAAGGUGACACUUACUUUCUGCAUUACUAAUGUAUGAAAACAGAAGGCAUUUCCUUUUCCAGAAAGAUGGGAAUGAGAUGUGUUUACCAUGCUAAGUAACUGAACACAACAACCCUUUUGAGUUUUGACACGGGUUUGAGUUAUAGGUUGGAUUGGUAGUGUUUGUGAAUUUAUGAAAGGAAAAAUUUAAUUUCAAGGGCAUUUGUGGCGAUCAGUUUUGGUUUGCCCUCUAACUGUACCAGGCUGCUGACGAGAAGUGCAAGCUUCUACCAUCUCUUUUCUGUCUUCUUAUUUUGGAUGCUGAUCAAUGAGACUGAGUGGAUUGGAUCUGCAGAGAAUGUAUAAUUGUCUCUUCAGUGUUACUGGGUGUGUUCAAAACUUCAAGUUUGCUCUAUAUUCAGAUACCUGGACUUUUACCAAUCCGAUGGCCACUGAACUCAUUCAAUUCAAACUAACUUGUUGGCUUAAUCCUUCCUGAAUUUCUACCAGUGCAAUAAUAUCAUGUGUAUAGCAUAUAAACAUACCACACUUUUAUUUCCAUGAUCUUAGUUAGUAGAUUAAUGCAAGAGCUGAAACAAAAUAUUUCUUAGUUCAAUAAAUUGUUUUAAUAAGUUUAUAGGUUUUUACUUUUUAACUUUGAUCUUAACGGGUGGUUUGGAUGCAUCAUUUUGGUUCUAUGGUAUUUGGAAUCAAAAUGUUGCAUUAUUUUGCUAUGUGAUACGUGUGGUAUUUCAGUUUGAAACGUGGUAAUUGGUCUAAUUGUCUUGUUUGGAUAAAACAUUCAACUAUUGUGGUAUUUCUUUCACCACUUAAAGAAGGGAUGAAGUGAAAAAAGAAGUUGAAAAAUGAGUUAUUUGAAAUAACUAGGAGGUGGGUAGGUAUUUCAAAUAACUCACAAUGAGUUAUAUUAAUUGUCUCAUGGACAAAAUACCACAUUACAUUUUAUUUUUGCCAAAUGAGUUAUUUUGACUAAAAUAACUGAUUCCAAACCUCUAUUAUUUCGGCCAAAAUACCUCAUCAAAAUGCUGCAUACGAACGACCCGUAAGAAAAUUUAUAAACAAAAAGAACUGUGUGUGAUAAACAAAUCUAUAUAUGAUUUAAUAUUUUUUUUGGAAAAUUUUCAAACCAAGUAUAUAUCUAUACUAUAGUUUUUUUUAUACCACUAACGAAAACUCGAAAAGGUUUUUGCUAUCAAUUUCAACUUUUGGAGCUAAAAUGUGAAUGAUUGUGAAACGGUACCAUAAAGCGCCUAUUUUGCUUAAGGGGUCCAGUUGGGAGUGGGCAUGUCCACGGUAAGUUCUAUGUACCUCUUUCCCUAAUUACUCGCCAUGUUCCCCAUAUAGCCUUAUUUUUUUUCUUGAGUCUCACCUACAUCGUUUCCCUGGAGGCUGGGUUUACUCCUAAGUUUCCCCGAAGGUUGGUGAGUUUUCUUCUGACUUCUUGAUCAGUGUGUAUUCCCAAAUCAUGCAUGCUUCUCAUCCUCGAUUCUUCUUCCCCUGCAUCGUUGUGGGGGUAACCAAAAAAAUAAGGUAAUUAAAUGGAAGAAGUAACCAGAUUUGGCCGAGUAGUUCAAUUGCAUGCAACCUAAAUUUUUCUUCUUCUACAUUGAGAAUUCUCAAUGCUCGCAGAGUGGAAGGAGCUCCUAAAGACACUUUCGGAUGCUAUCAUCAAGCUGCGGAGAUGGUAAGAGUGUAGAAGAUGUCGUGUAAUCCAGUAGGAUGCGGAUGAGUCCACCUUAAGUUUCUGAGCAAGCAUCCAUCUCGCUUCCUUCUUCCUCCUCCCUACAUGCAAGAUAGGCAUAGUGCGGCUUUUGGGGCAGAGAAUAAUAGAAAGGGGGGAAAUCGACAAUAGAAAAUCGCACGGAAAUAUGCCAGAGAAGACGAAGCGGCCGCAGUGAGCAUUCAUUCCAGUUACAAAUAAAGUGAAGAUAUAAUCCAGACAUCGGAUUCUGUUGGAUCAAGAAGGAGCACCUUGUUCUUGCUGCGUCUGGAUUUCAAACGGUUUAGUUUUAACCAUGUUAAUGAAAUGGUGCCACGUUAGUGGUUGAUAUAAUCCAGACAUCGGAUUCUGUUGGAUCAAGAAGGAGGAGGAGGAUUGAAGUGCAUUUUUACCUCCCGUCUUUAAUCACUUCGUUGAUUUGUGAAACCUGCCGCUGUCAAUUUAUUUGGUUGUUGGAGAAAUUUUAUUCUUAUUCAUUUUAUUUGUUUGCCCCAAACUCUAACUGAUGUCCAUUUGUCUAUCGAUUCCUUUCUCCAAUUUGCAUAGCAGGGAUGCCACCUGACCUCCACUAACUUUAUAUUUCUGUUUAUCAAAUUUUUGUGAUUAAUCAUGUAUAUAGUUAGUUCUUCUCCAAUUGAUUUCAAAAUUUAUGGUUUUGUUUAGUUGUGUACCCAAACCAAUUGGGUAGGGUAAAUAUGCUCCUUUACCAAAAUGGGAGAAGUGUAUAGGAUCUGGACAGCUAGCUUUCUCAAUACUUUACUUUAACAUAUUUUGGUAGGCUUUCAAUUAUCAAAGUAGAGGUGGCAAUUAGAAUCCAAAUUCAUGAAUUCACAAUUCAUCCACCAAAUUAUUCACAUAAUUCAAUCCAUUUAAAUUUAAUACAUUUGUUCCAAAUCCAAUUGGAUUGGUGGAUUCAUGGAUUGAUGCAUGAAUCCAAAUGACCGAUUAUGGUUUAGUACCUAUAAUUUUUAUAUUUUACAUUUUGGUCCCUAAAGUUUAUAUUUUUAUACAAAAAAUAUAAUUGGAAAAUUACAUUUUGGUGCCAAAAAAAUUUCAUUAUGACAUUUUUGUACCUAAACUUUUCGAAAUUUUACAAAAUGGUCAAGACUUGGAUGUCAUUUGGUUUCAUGGAUCAAUUCACCAAGCCACUUGAUCCAAUCCAUUUGAAAUCCUUAGAUUGUGUGUUCUCUUAGCUUUCUAUUUCUUAGUAAAACGUGAAACUUCCU